AUGGCAGCACCCAGGAAGAAGCUCCCUAGCGAACGCUGGACAUCAUUUGAUGAUUGGGACUACGGCGGCAUGAAGGAGCGCCUUGAAGACUUCAUGAAGUCUAUCAACAAGACGGCGCUUAUAGAACACGCUUCAACGAUAUUCGGCUCGCCCGUCUCCCUAAGCGAUCCUUUUUCUGCUGGUCAGUCCUGGUGCUGCUUCGAGCUUGUUGCGCCUGACCACUUGCUCAUAGCACGAGUUCGGCUGCCAAAACAUCCCGAUAGCAACGCCCCAGACGCAGCUGAUGAGUACCUGGUCCAAUGUGAAAUUGCAACAAUGGAGUUCCUGCAGGCAAAUAUCAAGACUGUCCUAAUACAAAUACCCAAAAUCUACGCCUAUGAAGGGCCAGGAGCUGCGAAAGCCAUUGAAGUGGGCGCCUCAUACAUGCUUAUCCAGGGCUUCUACGGGAAUUCCCUCCAAGAUGUGAACGACAGCCUCUAUGAUCUUCCUAUCUCAACCCAAGAACAUAUUUUCGCACAAUGGACGGCAUUUCAGGCAGAACUUGCCGUCUUUACCUUUCCACAAAUCGGUUCCAUCUCGCAAUUUUCUGCAGACACUGGGCCCGUUAUUGGUGCAAUAGCUACAGCUUGGCUUGAGCAUCUUCCAAAUAGCGGCCCAUUCCAAUCUGGAUGGGAAUACUUCGUCGCGGUGGCUGAAGGCCUUGUCACAUGUGCACUCCAGAGGAAGCGUUCCGACACGGAGGGUGCAUAUAACCGGUUUGCUGUUCUCGCUCCACUCAUCUUUCGAAAUAUCGUGCGCGACACGGAGAUUUUCAAAAGCAUCCAGGGACCAUUUCACUUGAAUCAUAUGGACAUGGGCAUGCAGAAUAUUCUCGUUGACGAUGACUACAACUUAGUUGCCAUAAUCGACUGGGAAUUUGCCCAGUCGGCGCCUUGGGAGGUGAAUCAUUAUCCAAUGCCAAUCCCGCUGAUCUCCUCAGAUCGCGAAACCGCAGAGUUUCUUCACGACACUAAACACAUAGCCCAUCGUAAUACAUCACGACAGGUUGGAGCAAGAUUACUGUACCGCCAACAGUUUGGAGAGGCGGAACGAGCGCUUGAAAAGAGAGGCAAUCCACUGUACUGCUCAAUUGCCGACGUGCUGGAGGGAAAGGCAUCCAGGAUCUACGGCGAAGAACUCACGUAUGAGUUGGUCCGACUAGGCUACGGGCUCACAGGCUCGGAAGCAGAAGAGCACGUCCGUAUGGUGGAGGAGGAGAUGAAAAGAACCAUGGUUGGAGUAGAGUCGACAAAUGGAUGA